CUCUCUCUCUCUCUCUCUUUCUGCGAUAUAUUCUCUCUCUUGCUUUUAAAAAUGUGUAGGAAGAGGGGCAUAAGGCAUGAGAGGAUGAUAGAGCUGCUAACCUGCUGCUGCUUUUGAAUGGAGUGUUUCUUAAGAUACUUAAGUGCUCCAGCUGAAACUUCAGCAGAGACACACUCGAGAGGAUCUAAUCAGGCAGGGGAUCAUGCCACCGCUAAAGAGUCCAGCUGCCUUCCAUGAACAGAGACGCAGUUUAGAGAGAGCCAAGACUGAGGAUUAUCUGAAGCGUAAGAUUCGUAACCGCCCUGCACGUUCAGAAUUGGUCAGGAUGCACAUUUUGGAGGAGACGUGUGCAGAGGCAUCUCUGCAGGUGAAGCAGAUUAUGCUGAAGAGAGCUCGUCUGGCUGAUGAUCUGAACGAUAAACUGUCUCAGAGACCUGGACCCAUGGAGCUCAUCCAGAAAAACAUCAUUCCAGUACCCAGCAGCAUCAGACAGGUCCUCAUAGAUGCAGAGAACUCUUUGUGUGGUGAGGACAGUAGUGAUGCUCUAUCUCCUGAUCAGCCUGUUAGUCAGGAUCCUCUCAAUCAGGACUCCUCUCUCAGCUCCGCCCCUCUAUCUGCCUCACCUGACCCAUCUGUCAGUGACUCCUCCCCUGCACAGGCUCCACCUCCUCCCCCGCCUCCUCCAUUACCAAUGACCACUGGUACCGACUCUCAGCAGAAAAUGACCAAUGGGAAACCAGCAGCACAGCAACCCAUGACUGGGCCAUCAAAGGGCAGUAAAGCUGCUGCUGAGCGCAGUAGGAAACAGAAGGACAGUAAGCCGAAGGUGAAGAAGCUGAAGUAUCAUCAGUACAUCCCUCCGGAUCAGAAGGUGGAGAGAGAGACUCUGCCCCCUCUGCCUGCUUUAGACUCCGCCUACUCCAAACUUCUCAACCAACAGCAGCUUUACCUACAGCUGCAGAUCAUCAGCCAGCAACAUCAUUUAAACUACCCCACCAUCCUGCCGGCCCCGCCCAGGCCUCCAGGAGAUCAGCAAGCAUCUUCAACCAGUGGCUGCUCAUCAACAAAGAAAGCUCCGCCCACUCAGCCUCCAUCCACCAAUCUGAGCAGUCGUUAUGACAUCAUAAAAUUUAAUAUACCUCCUCUGCCCCCCAACCUAGAGGAGCUGAAGGUGGCAGAGCUGAAGCAUCAACUGAAAAUCCGUGCCCUUCCCGUCUCUGGGACCAAAAAUGAUCUAAUAGAGCGUCUAAGAACUUUUCACGAGCAGAACGAGUGCACUACUCCCUCCAGCACUACUGAGGGCACUAGUGAGCCUGCAGCUUCUACCACCAAUACACCCCAAACCUCUCAACCCCCACCACACCUGCCACAGACCGUCCAAUCCCAAACCUCCACCACAAUCCUCCACCAACCAGGAAACAGCAGGGUGGUGGUGGCAGCUCUUCCAUUUGUUGCCGCAGUGGGCAUGUGUAGGCCUCCUCCUCCCUCUGCUGAUCAUUCUCAGAUAGUGCAGUUUGGGAGUUGUAGCCCCUCCUCACCUCUUUCUCCCUCCCACUCUGAACAUUCACUGGCUGGAAGGAGUCCGGAUGGUCACGCCUGUAAUGGCGAUACAGUUGGAGAAACGGUGAGUUCUCCUCUAACGCAGCUCUCCCUCCAGCACUCACCCCCCACCCCGCCCACCGUCCACAUUAUAGAUUCCCCUCCUCCCCCUCCUCCAGUGGCCCGCGGCCCCUCCCUCCUUCCCCGGCCCACGGCGCCCCCUGGGGAUAAGGACCAGAUGCUGCAGGAGAAGGACCAGCGCAUCGCCGAGCUGACCCGCAUGCUGCAGCAGAAACAGCGACAGGUGGAGCGACUGCGCUCGCAGCUACACGACCAGCAGACCGUGGCCUGCAUAUCCCUCCCACCAAUCACAGUGAAGGAGGAGCCUCUGGACAUCAGCAUGGAGGAAGUGGAGGAGAUCGUGCAGGUGGAGCCACAGCAGCAAAACUGCUUAGAGGAGUUUAUCCUUCAGCAGAACCAGCUCAACCUGCAGAAACCAGCACAGAACAGACGCAAGAAAAAACAGACCAAACAACAGCCCCAACCACGACAAACUAACACUCAGCACUCAGGUACCCCUCUUUCCUCCCAACUUCUAGUGGACUGCCCGAAAUCUAACUCCACCCCAUCACUGGUGAGAAAUGGCAACAGUAAUCGUUUCCUGCUAACCCAGACCAAUCACAGCACAAAUGGCCGAGCCGACAUGGGCACUCAGAACAAAGUGGCCAAUCGGGUCCAUCAACAGAGACUGAAGUCGACACCCAGCAAGUUACCCAGCCAAUCAGCACCAAGUAUUGAAGUUCAACCAAAGCAGCAGACCAUCUGUAAACAGCCCCUCAAGAAGGCGCUGAAACCUGAGAAACAUGGCUCGGCCAAUCACAUCAAAGCACGCUCGGUGUCAUUCUGCAUGCCUUCCAAUGUGCAGCCGUUUUGCAGCACAGUACCGUCUCCUAACAGCCCAGUUCACUGUUCUGUGAAUCAGAGGGAGGAGAUGUGUUUGGGUGUGGGUCAGCAUGUGCUAUUCACUCCUCCCUCACCUAAACCAAUCCCAUCAACCCCAACAUCACGAAGAAAGAAGAGUGGACGCACUCAGAAGAUAGACGAUCUGUUUGAUCUGCUGGUUCAGAGUGGAGAAAUCUCCUCCAAUUUUAGACCCACCCCGGACCCAGCUCUGUCCCGCCUCUGCGCCAGUAGCCCAUCCCCAAGCUCCUCCCCUCUCCAUCACUGUACCUCACCACUUACUCCCUCUGCCCCAGACACGCCCCCCAGACCUCCAGCUGAGCUGACUCCGCCCAACAGGUGGCAGAGCCCCAACAGAGGCGUAAACGGCCGUCUAGAGGAUUUCCUCGAGAGCACCACUGGAAAGCCCUUGCUGGGGGUGGAGUCUGGAAGUCACGUGACUGUGAUUGAUGAGCUUCACAGUCAACUACUGAGCACGCCCAGCAUUCUGGAUCAUCCUGCUUCUCCAAUGGACACAUAUGAGUUGGGACUUUCCUCCAGUCACACCGGGCUGGAGCUGGCCGAGUCCGCUCUCAGCAGCAUGGAGUGGCUGGACCUGGGCAUCGGGGGGUCAACUGGGGACGGAACAGGACACACACAAUCCUGUGUGUUUUCUACAGACUUUCUGGACAGCCCAGACCUUCAGCUGCACUGGGAUUGUUUAUAGCCGAGUGAUCUCUCUCACACACACACACACACACACACACACACAUAUAUAUACACACCUUAAAGAAGUAUUUUAAAAAGCUGUAAGAAUAUGAUUUCAUCCAAACAUUUGCUCUAAACCUAAAUAUAGUCGAUCAGGUCUAUACUGUUUGGUGUCUCCUUCUCCUUAAGCUUCGCACUGAAAGCAAUGAAAGCAGGCAAAAUGGACAAAAGUAUUGGGACACCUGCUCAUUCAUUGCUUCCUCCAAAAUCACGGGUAUUAAAAAAGAGUGUAUUCUGCUUUUGUUGGAGUAACUGUCUCUACUGUAAUAUUAUACUGUACCCCUCUAGCCCAAACCUGGUAUUAGGCAUGUUUUAAUAACUUAAUGUUUAUUUAUAUGCUUCAGAGAUUCUUCUAUUCCACUGGCCAUACUUUUCUACAUGGACUAGACAAGCUGUCAACUUUGCAUUAGCACAUCUGUGUCACCAAUGGAUGCAACUAAAAGGUCCUGAAAGCAGAUAUAUACAGACUCAAGCUGUAGUAACUCAAGAAAGUGAAGCAAUAAUCACUAUACUCAGCCUCUCUAUCAUGCCCUGUGGUUUAGUAACAGCAGAUUAAGCAAUAUAAUGGUCACAUAAAGGUAGGUUACCUACUGAAUGUACUGUAUUUAAGAACAUCAGCUUUGAUGUAUCCAGGUUUAUGCCAAUGUCUGUAGACUUUACUAACCACCUUAAGCAGGGGGCUCAUUAAUGGUCCUGGAGAUCCACCACCCUGGAGGUUUCAGAUCUAAGGCUGUGUUCAGACUGGAGUCAAUUUGGAUUCUUUUGUUUUAAUCUGGUUUGUUAAAAUGACUGUUCACACUGUUAUUUGCAAGGGAUAAGAUCGGAUUUGUUUAAUUGGUCAUUACAAACAUAUCUCCUUUGGUUGCUGUGGAAUCAAGGUUGAGGUGUUGUGACAAAAAAGACAUGCUAAAAUCUUGUAAUCACAUUUAAAUGAACUCCAAAUCUCCAAAUCUGAUUUCAUGUGGUUUCCAGACUAUUAAAAAAAUAUAUCUGGACGCUAUAUAAAUAUGCUCCAAAUCAGAUAUGGGCUGGCACUCUUAACAUAGCCUGAUACACAUGAGUUUAUAAUGUUCUCAGGUCCCUAAUGGCCUGUUUACCUGGUUUAAGUGUGUGAGAUUAUGGUAUUGGGUGAACUCUUGCGAGUGGUAUGUCUCCAAAACCAGGAAUGAACACCCCUGACCAAAAACAAAACCCUGAAAGAGAACCCUCUCCUGGCCUCUGAUUCAGCACUAAAAUCCCUAUCUAACACUCCCAGGCAAGGUUUUUAUUUUUAUGACCCGAAGAUAGUGAGCUGUUGGCUGCAGAACGCAGCAAUAGCAUUUGAAGCCAGCCCUGCUGAUGCUGAGAACCCAAGUGCCUCACGUCCCUCCGGCUGCAUGAAUGUCUCUCACAUGUCUGCGUUUCUGUACUUUUCUAUUCUCCUUGUUUUUAAUUGCACAACCAAUUCCAAAUAAAAGCCAGUCUGUUUCA